CCUGCGUUAAUAUAAAUUCCCGUUUUCUCUCUUUACUCUUUAAAAACACAAGUGUUAAGUUGAGGUUACGCAAAUGUCAAACUGACGUCUGUCACGAGGUGAGGUUAUAUCACGGAACAAAAAAUGAAAAACUCGCUCUCGUUGGUAUUUAAAUGAUAGACUUGUCACUUGUAUUUCCUGGGGGUUGAUGCAAUGGUGGGGUUGAGUGAUUCCUCUCACAAACUGUCGCAGCUCGAUUUUGUGAUUGCUGGUGGAGGUUCAGGCUUUAUUACACGAAUGUUAUGUCAGCCUUUAGACGUGCUUAAAAUAAGGUUUCAACUGCAAGUUGAACCGAUUUUGAAAAGUAACGUUUCAAAAUACCAGUCAGUGUUUCACGCCGCUAAUUUAAUUGUCAAAGAGGAAGGGGUGAAGGCACUGUGGAAGGGUCAUGUCCCUGCACAAUUACUCUCAAUAAGUUACGGAGUUGCCCAGUUUUGGAGCUUCGAAGUGUUAACCAAGCAAGUCUCUAGAAUUAAUUUAUCACCAACUUUUUCUCCUAUGGUUAAUUUCACUUGUGGCGCCCUUGCAGGUUGUUACGCCACUGUUGCAUCAUUUCCCUUUGAUGUAGUUAGGACCAGAUUAGUUGCACAAAGUGAAAACCGAAAAGUCUAUUCUGGUAUUUUACAAGCUUUUACUUCAAUAUUAAAAAAUGAAGGAUUUUUUGUUUUGUAUAGAGGUAUUUGGCCCACGUUUUUACAAGUUGCUCCUCAUGCAGGGGCACAGUUCAUGUGUUACAAAUUAUUUGAUAAUAUUUAUAAACAUUUAAUCAAUUCACAAAAUACAACGUUAACUAGUAGCUUAGUGUCGGGAAGUUUGGCAGGUUUAUGUGCAAAAACUGUAGUCUAUCCGUUUGAUUUGGCUAAAAAAAGAUUACAAAUUCAGGGUUUUGAACAAGGGAGGGCCGAAUUUGGACAAUUUUUCAAGUGUCAGGGACUUAAUGAUUGUCUCAUUAGAAUCUACAAAGUUGAAGGUCCUUCUGGCCUUUUUAAAGGCCUUAGUCCUAGUCUCAUUAAGGCUGUUGUAACAACAGCUUUACACUUUAGUAGUUAUGAAUUAAUUUGUAAAGCUUUGGCAAAGAGGAAGAAAUAAUAUUUAUUUGCAUUAGUGUGGUGUAUUAUAGAACUUAUAAAUUUUUAUUUUUAUUUAAAAAUACCUAUUUAAAGAUUUAUUAAAAAUUUGUUAAAGUUUUUGUUAAUUGCCGCGUACGUAACUACAGAGUGAUCAAGAAAGACUGCAUAAAUUGGCAACACUUAAUUUUAGUUGGUACACCUGGAGUUUAUACCUACUCUCCAGUUAUUGAACUCGAAGAAAGUAAAAGUAACAAUUUUUAGUGCUUUUUCGGUUUGCUUUCACGAAUUUUCUAAUUAAUGUAUCUUUCUGUCUCUUUUACCAGAAUUUUGAAAUAAAUUGAUAAUACAAAAGCCAAUUCAGAAUUCCCAACUUAAAUUGGUGAUCAAUUUGUAUCUACAUAAAAUCUAGGUCGUUUAAAAGUUAAGUUUUUAUUAAUCUUUAUUGCUUUUUCUUGUUAUACUUACGAGUAUUUCUGAACAAUUAUGUUUUUUUGUUAUUUCUUAUUCAAGUUUAUUGUUUCUGAAUUGCUCACAAAAAAUAAGUACAUAAUCGUUAUUUUAUUCUUAUUCUUUAAAAUGGCUUUAUGUUUUAAGAAAAAAAUGUGUUGUGUAGUCGGCUGAUAAUUUUUUUUUAAUCAUACAUCAAUGAAUCCUGUGAUCGUUGUUAUGUGUUCACUCAUCACUAGUGUGAUAUUAUUGUUUUGUUUGUUUAAUAUUUAUUGUAGUACUUAAAUGAAUCUGUACCAAAAAUGUGAAGACUAAUAAAAAUAGUAAUAUAUUUUCAAAGAUAAUUUAAUGUAUUAAUUAAAAACUUACAACAAAACAUCAGUGGGACUAUCUAACAUUUAUACAAAUUUACAAUAAAUAUUAUUUGCAUUGUGGUUAACCGUAUGAUAUUGUGUAUCCCAUGUUUCUCAUGAGGGUUUCUUUGAUGGCCGGUUGUAGUUCUUUUUGCAUGUACGUAGUUAGUAGAGAUCUAAUUCCUUUGAGAAAAAUAUCCUCCAUUUCCCUGGACAGUUCCUCACUGUCCUCGUCGUCUCUGAAUCCUCUUCGAUGUUCCCUAAGCCUUGGUUCACAGCCGUAGGCGUAAACACUUAUAAAUCCAGGCUCAAGGAAAUGUGAAUCAGUCUUGACGUUGAACUGGCCCCUCUCGCGUCUUAUGGGCUCAGUGUGAAAUCUGGAACAAGGGUUUACGAAAGCAUAUUUAGGACACAAAACUCCUAUUUAUAAAAAAGUCCAAGAAUAAAAACUUUGCAAAUGUAUUAUUGUUUGUUUUUUAUCAUUGUUUUAACAAGAUAUUUUUUGUAUUGUUCAUUAUUAUCUUGUGUGUUUUUUUAUUUUAUCAGUUAAUUCAAACGUUCAAUUUUUAUCUCCAGACGUUAAAAAAUGUUUUCAGUACACUCACGUAAAUAUACAAAGUUAAUCUUUGCUUUUAGGAAACUUUUUUUAAUUUAUUCGUUAUCUAUCGCACAUUAUUGAGUUUUUAUUCACCAUUUUGCGUAAAGGGAAGUGUGGUUGUUUCCCUAAUUUAAAAAGAUGCUUCUUUUACGUUUUGUUGUUAUUAAAAAUAAUAUUGUUUUUUAAGAUUGUUUUAAAAUGAUAUUUUUUUGUUUUAUUGUUCAUUAAUAUAUUGUGUGUUUUUUUAUUUUAUCAGUUAUCUUAAAUGUUGAAUUUUCAUCUCGAGACGUUAAAAAAAUUGUUUUCAGUACACUCACGUAAUUACUAAUUAUACAAAGUUAAUCUUUGCUUUUAGGAAACUUUUUUCAAUUUAUUUGUUAUCUAUCGCCCAUUAUCGAGUUUUUAUUCACUAUUUUGCGUAAAGGGAAGAGUGGUUGUUUCCCUAAUUUUAAGAAAAAAAAAUGCUUCUUUUAGGAUCAGAACUCUUCUUUGUUCAAGAAGGAUAAAUAAAUAAAAGAUUCAAGGGCAAGUGUCUAAUUCGAUAAAACUGUUACUUUUUGUGACAUUCAUAAACAAGAUUUUCAAAAAUUAAUAAUUUGUAGAAAAGGCACACCAAAUAUCUUCAGAAUCUUGUAGGUUUCAUAGAUGAAUUGAUUAAUUAAGUAGUUCUAAAUACACAUUAAAAUAUGUAAAACUUU